AUGUCGCUCAACAACAUGAGACCCUUCAGCGGCAAGCAGACUCUUCGAGACAAAAAGUCUCACCUCGUGGCGUUGUCCCCGUCUAUAACCGAGAACGAGAUGUCCGUUGGCUGGCAACGAGAUGAAGAUGAUCACCAGGACGCACGAGAUGACCGAUCACUCCAGAGGGGUAUCAGGGACCGGAGAAGUCAAUCGCAAGUGUCGACCGGCCGAUGUGUUUCGGACGUUACACAUGAACCCGAGCUUCGUUCUUCCAUGAUGAGUCCAGAAACGGCACUGCAGCUGGUGUUAGACUCAUGUGGUCCCUGGGCAGCGCAACCGGCCACUCCGGCCUCGUCUUUAAUGGCUGUGUAUCACAACGCACGUCAGGACGCCCCAGGAACCACUGAGUGUGAUUCUUUACGAUUAGGUCGACCGCACUCAACAGCCGGAUCGUCCAGGUCCAUUGGCUCACAAGCUGACGUCCUGAGAAACGGGAUCUUAGAGGAACUGGAUGCUAUAAAACACCCUGACUUUAGCGUUCGCCAUCCCCUCGAUGAACCGGACUACCACUGCGAGCAAGCCUUUCAAGUUGAUCAACCGCCUCCAAUUGCUAUGCCCCCUGCAGGAGAAUUGACUACUAACACGUGGCUGGACUAUUAUUUUGAGAGAUUUCAUCCCCGAUGGCCGAUUAUCCAUCAGAGCACAUUUAACCCAGCUACAGCAAUCCCCGAUCUACUAUCCAUGAUGUCGAUGAUAGGGGCAUGGGAGUAUGGCGUUACUCCCUCGCUGGAAGCCUCCGAGCGUUGGAGCGAGUCUCUCGUCCUCAGACUGAGCCACGUUCUCUCCCAGGUCUCGGCAUGGCCCGCGACUGUGUCUGAGAGUGCGAUACAAGCCUAUCAAGCGUUGCUCCUCAACGUGAUAUUUACCCUUGAAUAUUUAGGACAGGAUGAUAUGAGAUUUAAGAAGGCUUACCCUCGUUACUGCAUGAUGAUUGCCAUCUUUCGUGGCGCUAGUCUGUUCCAAGAGCAACAGAUCCUUGUCCAGGAUGAAACUCAAGACAUGAUUCCAACAAGUUGGUUGAUCAGAGAAAAGUUCAAGAGGUUAGCCUUUUAUACCUUCCGACUGGAUAAUUACUUCUAUUUCCUCCAAGGACAUUAUCCGGUCUUGAGGUAUGAAGAGUUGUGCCUCGCGACACCCUGCUCUGAGAGGCUCUGGGAAGCCACGACGGUCGAAGAGUGGCACGACAUCAAAGAGAUCGAGUCCAAGAAGCGAGCAGCCAUGCUGUUCAUGACGCUGAUGGAUACUGCCAUGGAUUGCGAAGGACGGGACACGCUGCCUCCGCUCCUCGAGGACGAUUAUGUCUACGGCAUUUGUGCUAUGCAGACAUGGCUCUGGCGAGACAUAAAGAGGCACAGACCUCGUCUGCAGGCGUUGCAAUCUUCUGAAGGACCCGGCAUUAUUUCUGCCCCAGCAUCAUCACGGCCGAUUGAGUAUUGGUCGGCCAUGUUGACGACCUGGAGCGAAUGCCUGAGAGACCGUUCAAUUGGAUCACCUCUAUCAUCCGAGAAGCACAGGGAGUUGUUGGAAAACUGUACCCCGGCACUAUAUCAUUUUUCCCAGAUGUCUCUUCGAGCAAAUCUUGAAGCUAUACAAGACCUCGCCAUGGACCGAUACCACAAGCAGUACUCAGGCCCUUACAGGAGACAACUCGAGUCCCGCAUCUUGGAAUGGGUAAGAACUUCAGAUGCCCGGCUAGCCCUAUGGCACGCGGCACAAGUUCUCAAGCUACUUCAAGAAACCUCAGACAGCAUGGAGACGAGAGGAAGCUCUCUAACGUCUUGGCGUAUUGACUUCAUCGCUCCUUUGGCGCUGUACAAAGCAGGGCUAAUAGUCUGGGCGUAUGCGCGCUCCGUCCAGGUCUGCGACUCGUGCUCCAUGGGGUCGAUCAUGCAACCGGCGGUAUCGACACGAGCCGAGCCGUUGGACCUAUUCAGACCCCAGCGAGGAGAAGAGUUCCACUGGAUGAGCUCCUCAGUGCCUAUGAAGCGUGGCUACUUAGGAUUGCUAUUGCUCCUCAAGGACAAAGAUUGA